CUUUAUCCACGGGUUUAUCUACGCUCCUUCAAAUCCUAUCUACGUUCUGCUUCGCUAUUGACAAUGACGGAUCAGAAACCCAACUUGGACUUGCCGUUUCUGCUAAAUAACGCCCAGCCGUUGGCGUUCCCACAGAACAUGGUCCAGAGCCCACCAAACCGCCAAACUCCUAGAAUGGCGCUCUCUGUGACCAUUCCGCCAUCAGAUAACCUUGUAGAGGAAGCGGUGGAGGCGCUGAAGACGCCAGAGCGCCAGGGACGUUACGCGGACCUUUCUUCGCUACCGACGCCAAUUGUGGCCUCAGAAAAUGCCUUCGGCUCGUUUACCUCACCAAAGGCCACCGAAUCUUCGUAUGUGCAGCAACAGCGCAGCCCACCAGUGUACUCGCAGGGCGCCUUGCACAUCCCCAAAUACCGUAAACUGAAACAAGGACAGACGAUCACUAGCAACGACACCAGCCACUCAAACAGCGUCAACUCGCGGAUUUUGUCAGAGUACAGGCCGCGGGAUAUUGGUUACACUGUGACGUCGCCACAGCAUCGAAAUUUCUCCGUUUCGGGCAUUCCUGAGCUCGAGGGCGGUCUCAAGGAGGCCAGUCACAUCGAACCCCCCAGGGAGGUUCUAGGUAAUGGAGAGACAUUUGCUGCGAAAGACAGACAGCAGGUCGAACACAGAUGGAGGACGAAGGAAGAGCUCGGCCAAGGAAGCUUCUCCAAGGUGGUUCUUGGCGAAGACAUGGCGCUGGGAGCGCUUGCGGCGAUCAAAAUCACAAAGUACCCGGCGGCAAAGCACUUGCGGCUUGAGUUUGAGAACAGCAUCAACCUAGAGAUUGCCACGUUGCGCCACGUGUGCCACCCGAACAUCAUUCAGUUACUUGGGACCUCCAACACUGACGAGGAGAAUAUCAUGGUCUUGCCCUACUGUUCCGGGGGCGACCUUUUCCACAUGACUAUCAACCACUACGCCGAGUAUACUCCCAUGUUUAUCCGGCGAAUUUUCGCCGAGCUCUCGUGCGGCGUCGCCUACCUCCACCAGAGCGGCUAUGUGCACCGCGACAUCAAGCUCGAGAACAUUCUCCUCAACUGCGCGUGGGAGGGGCUUGCGGAACGGCUUUACUCGAACUCUCCCCUCGUAACCAUCUCCGACUUUGGCCUAUCAAAGCACUAUUUGCCGGCCACAGACCCUCCAUUAACUACGCGCUGCGGGUCUGACGACUACGUCGCGCCUGAGAUCCUCAUGGGGGUCGAGUACGACGGAACGCUCACCGAUACUUGGUCGAUGGGGGUGGUGUUGUACGCCUUGCUCGAGAAUCGCUUACCCUUUGACCCGGUGGCAGGGACUAAUCCCACCUCCUCGUCCCGCCGGGCGCGCUCGCGGACCGCCCACCGCAUCGCUAGAAUUGAAUGGGACUGGAUGUUGCUCAAAAGCGAGGAUGGCGAGGAGACCGGAGCUGAAACGUCCAAUGCGACCAUGGCCGAAUUGGCGGAGGCGCACUUGAGGAACCACCUGUCGCUGGCAUAUGCAGAGGCAAAAUGGAUCGUCACGAACUGUCUUAUAAGAAAGGACAAGCGGUGGAGAAUUGGCGAUAUUCUCGCGGUGCCGUGGGUCCGUGGUGCUAUCCCGGACUACGAAAACUAAUGAACGGGGGAUAUAAUGAAGUUAUCUUUCCGAUAUGAAAUGUAUACUAAUGCUAAUGGGAUGGUUGUAGAGUUAAGCGUGAGUGAGCGCUUUGAAUGAUAUAAAGCAUCAUAUUUUAUAGGUAGGCCACGUACAAGCUAGAGAGCUGACUAAUAAAAUAACUUCGGUUUCGGC